CGGCGCGGAGCGGCUCGCACAGCCGCCGGUGCCCGCGAGCUCCAGGCUGCUUGGGGAAUUCACUUUGCCGCUUUUACGCUUCUGCCUCCUCGGGCUUCUUCUGAUGGCUUUCUGUCUCCGGCCCUGUCCUUUCCUUUAAAAGGAAACUUUACUGCGGUUUCUUUUUCCCCUUGGAGGAGAGGAUUAAAAGUUCCAAGAACUGGUGCCUUUCGGGCGCUGGGAGGGCGUUCGCCGGCGGGGUUCCAGUCCCACCAUGUGCACCAACAUAGUUUACGAGUGGCUGAAAGCGCUGCAGCUCCCGCAGUACGCAGAGUCCUUCGUGGAUAACGGCUACGAUGACCUGGAGGUGUGCAAACAGAUCGGGGACCCGGACCUGGACGCCAUCGGGGUGCUGGCGCCCGCGCACCGCCGCCGCAUCCUGGAGGCCGUGCGCCGGCUGCGGGAGCAGGACGCCGCCGCCGCGGGCCUCUACUUCACCCUGGAGCCGCAGCCGCCGCCCGCGGUCGCCGUCCCCACCGGCCGCCGGGGGGAGCCGUGCGGCGGCCCGGCCCAGGGCACCCGCGGGGACCCCCGCAGCCAGACGACCGCCCCCCGCAGCAGGGAGCCGGUGAGCUACCCCAAACUGAAGCUGAAGAUCAUGAUCAGGGAUAAGCUCGUCCGCGACGGCAUCCACCUGAGCAAGCCCCCGUACUCCCGCAAGGUCCCCAUGGCUGGCAUCCUAGAGUACUUAAUGAAUUGGCCGAAGUCAUCACAGAACCGCUAGAUAUCAUUUUUGAGAGCUCGUGGAGGACUGAUGAGGUGCCUGAAGACUGGAAAAGGGCAGAUUUAGAGCCUUCUUUCAAAAAGGGGAAUGGAUGAUGACCCUGGAAAUACUCAUCAGCUUAACUUUUGGCUUGGAAAAAUUCUGGAAUAAUCAACUUAGUGCACUGGGUAACUAACUUAUGAGAGCUAGAAAAUAAGGCAGUGAAAUAUCACACGUAGAGAAGUACUGGGUUCAUUUUUAAAAGACACACCAUUGUGAGAUGCUGUCUUAUGCGUAUUUGGGGAUUCUCCGCUCCAUUUUAUGAAUCCUUGAUGGAAAUCAAUGAAGUUGGCUAAGGCGUUUGGGUAAUAACUAAUUUUAAGUUCCGCACAAGACAAAAAGCAGGUGUCUGGCAUUUGGUAGUAAUUACAUCAUUUCCAAAUUUGCUUUUAACUUGAGAAUAGUAGCUUUAAUUUUGUAUUUUAACAUACAUCUUUUUUCACUUCAUAUGGGACUGUGCUUUCAUAGGUUGAGAUAUUUUAUAUAAUUCUAUAUAGAAUAGUUUGGUGAGGGAAUUCUUAUUUUAAGGUGCUUUAUAUAUAGUUAUUUCAUAUAUAGGUACAAUCAUAAAGCUGGUGAAUUAAGGAACAUCACUAUGGGAAGAAAACUUUUUCUAACUUCUCUUUUUAAAUUUAAUGUGGCUGAAGUUUAGUGUUAGGACCAAUAAGAAUGUCUUGCAAGAGCCAGCCAUGAGCUGGAUAGCUCGUUUUCCUCUCUUCCUGGGGACUGCCAGGGCCGGCGCAGUGCCUUAUCCCACCUUACUCCCCAGGUUUCUGAGUUCAGGCCUGGGGGAGCAGGGAGGUGGCAGUGGCAGUGGGCCUUAAGAGCCGUGAAUAACCACAGCCAAAAAGGAGAGUAGAAUGAGGUGGGAGGAGGAGAUUAAGACGAAUCUGGAGUUUUUCUAAUUCCUCUUACUCUUGCCUUUGGAUGUUGGUAGUUUUAUUUUCUGCUUAGAAAAUGCAACCAUGUUGAUGGGACCAAAAACUUAGUUGAAAGGAGAUCAUCAAAGAAGGUAUAGAUGUGGAACAAGCUCCUGGGGCAGGCAGCUUCUGAGAGCUGCAGAGCAGGACCAUAUUACAGAAUCUAACCUGCACCAGUUAGGAGUACAUAAGAGAUGGAAGUUUCUGUCAGCACUGUGAGCUCAAGAGUAGGAAACGCUCAAAGGAAAAAUUUACAUUUAUUUCUUCCUGGUGCAUAUACUGGUCCCUAGGAAUGGGCAGGCCGUGAAGAUCUUCAAGGACGAUUUGACAACAACACUGCUUUAAAAAUCUAAGGUUUGCGUAGUUUAGGUACUUCUAGAGAUGAAUUUGGGCACUGGGUAAAAUCAGUCUCAUUCUUAAAUACAAAUGCAAGAAAAUUAAGCUCUAAAGUGUAUAUUAGUUGUCCUUUAUACAUAGCUUGCAAUUUCAUAAGGAUUAUUCUCUAAUCACCCUUUCCUCAUUUUCUUUUUCAAGUCAGCUAGUGUCUUGAAAAUUUCCAAGCUGGGUUUUUUUUUUUUUAAGGAAUGGGGGGUCUGUAUAGAUUACAGAUACACUUUAUUAUGAUAAUAAAUGGCUUCCUGUUCGAGACCUCAUUUCCAGGUGCAGCAGCUGUGGCAGAUUUAUUUCACAGAUGUACAUUUACAUGCAUUUGUUGCACUGUUGCUAGAAAAGACCCAGUUUCUGAAAAAUCCAUUAUUUUUACCAUGGGCAUUAUGAUGCAAUCUACUGCAACCAACCAGGGGGCUCUUUGGUCAUUUCAAGUUUCAUUUUCUACUUGUGAAACAUCUAACUUUGAUUCUCCUGCCAAAUUUAAAUCUUCUCUUUGUGUCUCCUGUUGGCAGUUGAAAAUAAUAAUUCUCUACCUAAAUUAAAAGUCACAAUCUAGAACGGUGAAAUAGCCAAGGGAUUUUAAAGACUUCUUACCUAAAGCUAGAAGAAGAAAGCUUCAAAAUAAGCAGAGAAGUAUUAAAGGAAGUCCAUUAAUUCCUUUGCAUUAAAUCAAAAUGAGGUAGGAGUUGAAAUAUAAGAAAAGGAAGUAGGUUUAUCAAGAAUUGUAUCUGGAGAUAAUUACUUUUAAGAAGAGUAAUUUUUUCACAGUGUUUUUUUUCUUUUAUCUAGCAUUCUUGAUAUUCUUAAUUUUUUUUUUUAAAUAUUGGCUUUGA